AACCGGUUGGUAUGUUUUUCUUGCACCAUUCGACAAAUUGGGACUUUGUAAACUGCUACAAAUUCUUCUAAUUUGCCAGUUUUAUGCAGCACGGCAAUAGUGCAAGCACAUAUUGCACACUCCUUAUAUCAAUUGCUGUCGCAUACAAACCUCUUUCCAGUCAACCGAAUUUCAACUGUGUGCACUGCUGGAGUUGUAAGGGAAAUAGCAGUUCUCUGGUUUUCGUUGUUGGGAAAGGGGCCUGUAGUGAUUGACAGUUUACAUAAUUUAGAGAAUAAAUUAUAAUGUGCGGGAAAAUAAGAACACAUGUAAUUAGGGUGCGAAGGAGAAAACAUUUAGUUUGUAUCUAGUAAGUAAGUAAAUGAAAAUAUAUAACUAUAAAGAUUGUUUGAUUACUACAUUGGCGAUGAGGAUAAAUUAUGGCAAUGAAUGGCUUACAGCCAAUGCCUUUGUUCGAACCGAAAGCUGAUCCAACGAAUACAAGCGCUUGAUGGACACAGUGGAUUCAAUGUUUUAACACAGAUUUAGUCACUUCAAAUGUGAAGGACACUGCACAUAAAAGAGCACUAUUAUUGUAUCAAGCUGGACCUGAAGUUCUUGAAAUAUUCAAAACAUUACCUGACACAGGAUGCCCUCACUGCAUAUUUUGAACCAGAGAAAAAUCGAAUCUAUCAAACAUAUAUGUUUAGACAAGCAUCUCAACAAGAUAAUGAAACCAUCGACGAAUUUCACACAUGCUUGAGAUGAUUAGCAAAACAUUGUGAGUUCCUGGAUGUUGAAUUCGAAAUGCAAAUUGUGUGCAAUGGUACAUCCUCGAGACUGCGUAAGAAAGCAUUAAAAGAAAGCAAUUAUUCACUCAAAGAUAUGUUGAUCGAUGGUCGAAAAUCAGAAAACUGUACUGCACAAGCCAGUGGCAUGGAAGAAAAAAUUAAGGAUGUACAACUUAAUCAAGUUGAGAGAAAACCUGCUCAAUCUAAGUGUUAUAACUGUGGAUUUGCUUACCCUUACUUGCAUAGUCUUUGUCCAGCCGAAAAUUGAACUUGUAACUUGUGUGGCAUACUUGGUCAUUUCGCUACAGUGUGUCGAAUGAAAGAAUCACGUCGUUUUUCCAAGCCACAAAUAGCACAAGAAUCGCCUAGACAAUGAGAACAACCAAACAAGCUGUUUAAAUCCGAAUCCACGAGAAACAAGUGAAGAAAUCAUGUACAGGCUGUCAAAAAACAUCUCGAUUCAUCGACAGAGACCAGUUCUGAGGAAGAUUAUGUUUAUACUGUGGAAAACAAAAGUGACCCAAAGACGAGAGCAAAAAUAUGAGUUAAUUCUGUUGAAAUCAAUUUCAUCGUUGACACGGUAGCAACAGUUGAUGUUAUCGACUCCAAAACCUAUGAUCACCUCAAGUCGAGCAUCAGAUUAUGCAAAAGUAUGACCAAGAUAUUUGCUUAUGGCUCAAACAAACCACUACCUCUUAAAGGUGAAUUUCAGGCAAUGGUAGAAUCGAACAAACGUUAUACUGUCUCUGUUAUUCACGUUGUCAAAGGCAGCUCUGGAAAUUUACUUAGUGCGAAAACGGCUCAAGAUUUGGCAUUAAUUCAAUUAGUAAACAAGGUCAGGGAACUUGAAACACCACCAAAACCGGAAGUGUCUAAACUGAAAGUUUCUAAACCAGAAACUCAGCCCAUACUGCCCGGAAACAUGCGCUUGAAACACCACCAAAACCGGAAGUGUCUAAACUGAAAGUUUCUAAACCAGAAACUCAGCCCAUACUGCCCGGAAACAUGGAGAACACAGAUAAACAGCAGCCUACCCCUCAUGCAUCGAUGCCAAAAUGCGAAGACCAAGAGAUCCAGAAGAUUAUUGAUAAAUACGCAACUGUUUUUGUUGGUGAAGGGAAAUUGAACACGCAACAAGUUGGGUUACAUAUUGAGAAUAUUAAACCAGUGGUUCAACUGCAGCAUCAUAUACUAUACCAUAUAUGCAAUGACGUACCAAAGCUUUACAGAAAUUGGUUGUGGAAUAUACAUUCGAAAAAUCUGUGACCAACCUACCCUGUGGAUUUCACCAAUUGUGUGUACUCCAAAGAACGUCAGUGGAACACAAAUCUGCGUUGACAUGAGAGCAGCCAACCAAGCGAUUAAGCAUGAAAGACACAUUAUGCCAACACUUUCUGAUUUCCGUGCAGAAAUGAAUGGAUCAAAAUAUUUUUCAAAAAUUGACCUCAAACAGGUGUACCAUCAACUGGAAUUGAAAGAAAAAAGUCAGUACAUAACUACAUUCUUGACGCACAAAGGCCUAUUUUGCUACAAACGACUGAACUACAGAACGAACAGUGCGCCAGAACUUUUUCAGAACAUUUUGCAACAAAAUCUUAGUGACAUUCGUGGAGUAAAGAAUAUUGCAGAUGACAUCAUGGUUCAUGGGAAAAUGCGAAAGCAACAUGACAAAUCAUUAGAGAACUGUUUGAAAUGACUAGUUCAACUCAACUUAAAAACAAACCAUGAGAACUGUAGUUUCCUUGUGCAAUGAGAUUAAUUUCUACAGUUUAAUUUUUACAGCAAAUGGAACAAGACCAGAUCCAGCAAGAAUUGACAAUUUAGGUUGUCGUGUUUGGGGAACACAUGUCGUGAGUAUGUUCCAGAGUAUGCCGUAAUUACUACACCAUUGCGGGAUCUCACAAAGAAAAGUGUUGCUUUCAUUUGGAACCAUAUUAACACCCCUCUCUUGGUGGUCUUACACAAAAUUUAGCUAUAAAAUGGUAAAUUUAUCGCCAAAUUUGAAAAUUACUGAAAAUGUAAUCAUUAUUCUCUCCAUCGUAUUCCGAGUUUUUUCCUUCGAAACAUGCACAAAAAUGAAGAAAAUGGCAUUUUUAUUAGGGUUACCACAAAAUUUACUCAUAGGAACAGCCUUGGCAACCAUUGUUUACACCAAAAAACCUCUCUUAAUUCUGUUUAUUUCAAAACCAAUCUAUGUAGUACCCCUCCCCCCUCUGGGGAUAAUUGCAUACCAAACUGCUGACCAUUUUUACCGUCAACAAAAAUGAAUAUUUGCAUAUUUUUUUGCUCAAAAUCGCCAUUAUGUAAAUUUUCAUCGCGGAAAUUGUUCCUGAUUUUUACUGAUUCUUUGACGUUUUACUGUUCUACAUUAUUCCUAUUAUAUUUCAAUUUUUGUUGAGAUGCCUAAGGAUUAUAAAAGGUAGAAAAAACGAAAGUUUUCAGGCAAUCUACGAUACCGAACCAAUGAAUAAAGCGCUUGUUGAUAUUAAUGUAAAUACUGUCGAAAAUGUAGCACUCUCGAGCCACUAUUUAAAACUCACAAUUCACUUUAGAUAACGUUCUUUAUUUAAUAUAAACUAUAAACUCACAUCACUGUAUAUAAACGCUCACUAGAACUCGUGCUCAGUAGUCACUAUAUAAAAGUAAAAUGAAGUUUUCUACACCCUCCCUCAUGCAUAUUGUUGUUAAAUCAUAUACAUGUCUAAUUAUAGAAAACUCAACAGUAACUGUUCGACCUAGAGUUCAAUUAUGUUAAUGUAAGGAAGUGGUCAUUAUUUAUGGGAGGGGGGGGGUUGGGAAAUGGGGAAAAUAAGGAUUGAAAACUUUUUUGACCCCCCCCCUCCAGACUGAAGGCAAACUUUUUGUGCCUCCCCCCUCAUAAAAGUAGAAACUUUUCUGACCCCCCCAGUGUGGAUUGAAAAAUUAACAGCAAUGAAACGGGGGGGUGUUGCAGGUAAAGUUAAAUAUUAGGACAAUCUGUUUAAUCUAGUUCAUGAUGUUUUACCCUGGUGAAUAUGAUUCACCAUAUAUGAUUAAAAAUAUAUAUUAUGUGUUACUACUUUGCAAUGCAACAUUUGUCCUACCAUAACCAUGACCCGUCUUCAUACAGUGAAAUGAUUUGAACACAGGGUUUUUUUAAGAACAUGUCUGGGGGGUGGGCAUCUACAAAAAGGGAUCAUACUAUAUUGAGUGUGGAGAGAUGACAGAUGGUUGUUGGUGACAAAAAGUUUGGUGUGCUAUUGUAUGUAUUAGUAGGGGGGUCCGGGGGUAUUCUCCCCCAGGAAAUGUUUUGUAUUUUUCCACCCCUAGAACUGAAAUGUGAACAUUUUCUGAAACAGAUUAUUGGAUAUACAGCUUUACAUUGUGCGUUGAUAGACCAAAUCUGAUCAGUUAAGUGCACUUGCAUGGUAUGUUUAUGUAAAUACCACAACUGGGUCAAUCAAGGGGUAGAAAGUUUGUUAAACUUAGUGGGUCCAACUCCCAUGAUCGCGAGGCGCUACCAUGGUUGACGCAGAGCAGGGAAAUUUUGAAAAUUUGAGUCUCUAGAUCGUUCGAAAUAGUAUUUUGCUAUUUGUGGUUAUAGAAAUCAGAAUUCUAGACAUGGUAUUUAAGUUCAAAAACUUUUGACCCCCCCCCCCUUCUGUGUUAAAACUUUUUUGACCCCCUAUUUAUAAGGGUAAAACUUCGUUUCCCCCUCCCAUUCCCCCUCUCCCAUUUCCCCCGCCCUCUCCCCAUAAAUAAUGACCACUCCCUAAUGUUCAGAUAUAAGAUAAUUAUUAAUCAAGUGUCUGUUCAUCACAUAACUGUUCGUAAAUCCAUCUCCGAGCCUCGGCAGCAGCAUGUCUUUUCAGCAUGAAUCUGGGCGGAUUCAGCUGGACUGGCUUCUGGAUGAUAACAUUCUCCCCAUCCAUCCGUUUAAAAGUGUCACAGCUUAGUUCAAGAGGAUACAAAUGUUGAAUGGCUCUUUCCAACUGGUCUCAUAAUAGCUUGUAAUCGUUCAAACUGCCCUCACAACCAGGGGGCUCGACUUAAAUUGAAACGUCAUGAGAUUGUGUAAGUCCGGAGACAGUUAUUUAACUCUUCAUCUCUGCACACACAUCUCACCCACUUUGAGGCAGCCAAAAACGUGGAACCAUUAUCUGAGUAGAUAAUUGAGGGUCUUCCUCGUCUAGCGAUAAACCUUUCAAGCUCUUCAGGAAUUCAGUUGUUUCGAGGCUUGGUAGCAGGUCAAGGAACAUGCAUUUCGUUAUACUACAAGAACACUGCACGAUGUACGACUUAGCUUCUUUGUUCUUCUUACGAUAUUUCACAGGUCCUGCAAAGUUAACCCCAAUGACAUUGAAAGGGUUAGAUUGCGCAGUUCGACACUUUGGAAGCAGGCCAGGAGCUGGCAGAGCCCGAAAACGUUUACAUUCCCAACAGUUCGAAAUAAUCUUCUUCACAAGCUUUCUUAACCUGCGGACCUAGUAUCUUUCACAGACCUUGGCCAUCACGAUACCGACACCGCUGUGCAAAGUGGACACAUGGGACCGAUGCACGACUUUCGCUGUGAACAAUUCCUUAUCCGGUAAAUAGAUAGGAUAUUCCCCUUGAAUACACCUGUGGCAUUCCCAGAUCUCAUCUUCAUUUAACUUGAGCCGUAACUGUUCUUUAUCCUCUAAGAACGUCGGAAGGCUUUUCACUCGCUGUUGUGCUUGUUUCACCAUGAGCGUUUCUUGCUUCACAUAUUUGUCCGUGGAGAUUUCACCCGUUUCUCUGCUAAAGGUCGACAAUUGUUGAUGAACCGUGCUACAUAACACAUCACUCUUAACGCCUUACACAAAUCUAACUUCUCCAGUACUCUAUCGACAAGACUGUUCGCCCUUUUGACACCAACUGCGAACAGCUUGCGUUGGACUUUCCUUUCGGCCUCACUCGUUUCGCUUGGUUUCGUCACAAGAUUGGGUGGCCAUUGGCAUUUGUUCGACAACCAAUCAGGACCAUUCCACCACAAUUUGUUACCAUUGACAUUACGCCCCCUGCUCCCAGAUCCACUGGAUUGUCAUUGGUAGGCACAUGUCGCCAGACUAUGUCUUCAUGGCUUUUCAUUUUCUUGACUCGGUCACCUCCCCCACCGCUCGCGCAGCCAUGCACAGCCAUCCACAACUCCUCCGCGAUCCAUCCGCCACAUCCUCCGCAAGCUCACUGCACCCACCGCAUCCCACACGCUUUUUUGAGUCUUCCUGAAGGGCUAGACAGAAUCCGUAUGUGAGCUAAUUGAAAAAAGCCAGGGGAAAGGUAAAUGGUUUAAAGGAAAUGUGUAUAAGUAAAGGUAUGGAUUUAUUUUGUGAGAUUAUAGGAAGGGAUAGUUACAGGGAUCUGGACAUCAUUCAGGUGGCGUGCUUAAACUCCAUUGGUUGGGACUUUGAUGAAGGGGUUCUAAAUUGGGAGUUAUUAUGCGGUAUGGAUUCUCCUUUUGUAAAGACCCUUCUGGUGUACCAUGAAAAGUUGUAUCCACCCUGGGAACCAAGGAAGAGGAGUAAGAACAUGGAGCUUUUUGAAAUAGCGGAAAAGGAGUACUUGAAUUCCCUUGGUCCGAAGGAGCCUGAGCCUAUAGAAUUUCCCAACAAAAAUUUUUGUUUUGAAGGGCAUAAACAUCAGUUUGUCGCAGUGGAUGGACAAAGGACAUGUAAUGAUUGUGGGCUGGUGGUUGGUCCUGUGUGUUGACUGCAGUUUUUGAUAAGUAGCAUUUACCAUCCUUACCGAUGUAUGCUACCCCGUUUUCGUCAAAUGAUAACCAAUGUUUACUAAUGUCUAUCCGGGAGAAGUCUUUAGGGAAUUCGCCAUCAUUUGGGUUUAGUCUGUAAUUAUUCUUGAAAAGCAUUCUGAUGUAUUCUGCUUUUAAUUCGUUGGAUGAUCCGACUGCAUACAAACGGUUUGUUUCCUUUUUUCUCUUCCUGAAUGUGUCAUUCCUGUUUUCCUCCCAAACGGUUGACAUCCACACAUCGUCGUCUUGCCUGUUCAAGUCGUCCAGACCGGCCUGGAAGCUGUCUUCGUCAAUGGGUGUUUCGGCGAUAGCACCCUCAUCACCUCCUUUAGCUCCUUCCAGUUGGUUAAGGUUGUCCAUCUCUAUGGUAUCCAUUUUUAUUUAAGUCUAAAGAUAAUUCCUGUUCAUAAUACCUUCCCAGAAUGUCCUCCCCAUCCUCCAGAUCCUUAAGACUGUGCAUGUUGGGAUCUCCCCGAAAUACUGCCGUGACGGUAUACAGUUUGUUGUCAAAAUUGGGUUUGUAUCCCUUUUCAAAGGUCUUGUGCUUUAUUUCCACCCUGACAUGAUCCCCAACCUUAAAUUUAGGAUCCGGAAAACUGCUUAGUGGAUAUCCGUAGAUUCUUGUCCAAACUUCAUCCUUGUUUUCCUCAUUCACAUCCGCUGGUUUCAUUCCUAUUGUUCUGUGUGUGGAAUUAUUAUAGGAUCUAAUGAGAGCAGGUAAGAUGCCCACCCAAACUUUCGUCCUAUUUUUUGUAAAGUAUUUCCACAUCCUUGUCUUCAGAGUCCUAUUGAAUCUUUCAACAAGUGCAGCUUUCCGGAAGGUCCUUGUGAAAAAGUAGUGAACAUCAUGAUCCUUUAGCAACGUCUUUACUCCUACAUUGUAGAAUUCCUUUCCAUUGUCGAACUGUGCCGUUUUAGGAUACCUACCGAACCUUUCCUUAAAUUGUAUGAGCACAUUUUCAACAGCCUUUGUCAUGCUUUCGGUAUUUUUUCUCCAUACGGGAAUUGCGAACGCAUACCGGCUCAAAACCUCUAUGACAGUAAGAAUCCAACGGUUUCCCUUAUUCUUAUGACUGAACUUACUCAUAUCCACAAAGUCCUUUUCAAUUUGCUGUGCAAGUCCAUCCACAUAGGUCCUCUGGGUCUUGUAAUGUUUUCUGGACGGUUUGUGAAUAAUGUAGGUGUUUUGUGUCUGUAACCAUUCUUUAACAUUUUUCUAACUCCCUUUAUGCCCUUUGCACUUUGGUAUAAUUUUUCCAUCGACAUGUACCCACCAUUAACGUUAAAGUAUAUUUCCCGAAGGGCUACAUCCAAUGCCAGACUCAUUUUAUUCCCUGUAAAUAAAACAAGAAGAAGAUAACAGUCUAUGUUGAAGACGGAGGGGUUAGCCUGGAUAUACAGAAUCCACUGAUCCUUACCCACAGAUCCGAGCUUUAUGUGAAAACUGUCGCUGUGUUUUGGAAUUAUAAGAACAUUCGUAAGGGAUACAAUGACUACAUCUCCGUAGAUGGGAAGAAGAUUAUGAUAGAUGAAGGGUACUGGACCUUUAAACAGCUUAGGAAAGAGCUGGAGAGAAACGGAUUAACACUUGAGGAAUAUCCCGGUGGAAGAAUAAGGAUGACUUUGCUAAGGGAACAAAUUCCGCAGGUCUCCGGAAUCUUACGAGUAUUUUGGGAUAUCGGUCCUCCAAUGGUCCUACAUACACCCCACACAUCAGCGAUCGUUCCAUAGACAUCCAUGAAGACUUGCGUUACCUAACAGUCAGCUGUAACCUUGUGAAUCGUGAGCAUAACAUCGGACCGUACAGAAAUCGGAGUACCGUCAUCACUUCCCUUCCCAUCAAUGGAACCAGACCCCUCUUCGGGACUACAACGAAAUACAAUGACAUUGAAAGCCAAGUACGGGUGGAUGCUGGUAAAUACAGUGAAAUUCGGUUUGAAAUUGGGUCUAAUACUGGAGCUGUUCCCGGAGAUGUCUUGCUAGAACUUUAUAUCAAAUAAAAGGAUGAGUGAGGAUAUCUUCCGAAACUACUACGGAAAGAAUUAUGAGAAGGUUAAGGCAGCAGCACCCGUUGAAAUCCGGAAAAUGAAGGCAGACUUCAUAAAAAAGUAUCCCAAUGCAACCCUAUCCAAGUUCGACUUUAAUGUUACCUUUGCCAAGGAUGGGACCGUAGAGUCCAGAGACAUCUUCUAUAAAGUGGAUGACCUCACAAGCUAUGAUAUUACAUCCGACACAUUCCGCACAAAUCCGGAGUGGCCUAAGUACCUGUACUGGGUAGAGGGAUGGCGAAGUGUUUAUCCGGAUGCAAUGUUCCGUCCAAAGGAUUUCAAGAUGGAUGUGCAUACCUUUAGGGUCUAUGUUACAGAGACAGAAAAUUUCCUGACGAAACUGGAGCCUAUUAAACCAGUAUACGAUAAACCCCCCGAAACCUUUAUCAACACUAUACCUUUUGAUUACCAUUCGAACUCUUAUUUCUCCUCCCUAGCAGCAUGCUAUGUUGCUAUGUUUAAGUCCGGAAUUUCUGCGGAUCAUGUUACAAACAAUUUUCCAAACUCACACUCCAGUAUAGUAACCUCCAUUGUUCGCUUCCAUCUUCAUUUUCACCUAUCAAGGUUCAUGCGUAACCCGAAACUUCUAGACCAAUACCUCACAGGAGAUGAUAAAUGGACUAUUAGGAAGUAUACACCCAUACGCGAAACAUGGGAGAAAAGGUUGGAUUCUUCCCACACAAACAUUGGAACAUGGUACUACAGCUUACCUGUUAUGGAGGUUCAUUUAUCGAAUAUGAAUACCUAACUGGUAGAUCACCCUUCGAUGCUGAAAAUGACUAUAAAACCCUUAUUCCCAAAACAUCCUGGGGACUUACCAGAGUUGGACAGAAAUUAUUCCAGCAGUCUAUCGAGGCGUUCGUGUAUUCUGUAUUAGGGGCACAAGCCAAAACCAGGUGGAGUAUCACAGGUCAGGGUGCAAAAAGUUUGCAGACACAGGUUUUCCGGAAGGUGGUAAAAGAUACAAUUGUACAAGACGAUGUGAUAGUUACCAUUUCCAACAUGAGGAUGGCUAUUGCUAAUACCCACGUCAUCCUAAAUUUUGCAAUCAUGCCGGGUUUAAUUCUAAUUCCUUCAGACCUGAGGAUUUUAACAAAACCUAUUCCAGGAUUCAGCAACGUCCUAACGGUAGCUAAAAACAGGAUGACGUUCGGAAAAAAUGAGAAGGUGAAUUAUACAAGUAAUCCCGUUCCUACCCCCACAAAUAAUAUAGACGAAAGCCAUGACAUUACACCGGUUCCUGUUGUGGAGGACUUUAAACCCCCGGAAUUAAGGCAGAAAUCUGAUAAUCAGAAUAUUGCUCUUGGGACAGUGGCAGUAGCAUCCUUUGGACUUGCAUACCUAGUAUUUUGACGUUAAAUAAAAUGAGCAUCUUAUUCGGAUACGAUUACUUUGAUACAACAGCAGAAGACCUAAAUACCUUAAAACGGAAGUUGACAACAGUUGAGAAGGCACAGCAAAGGAACACGGCAGAGGUUGUCAAACAUACGAACGAUAUCAUAAAGUUAAACAGUUUGGGAGAAAACACGGUUCAGUACGACUUUUCCCAAAUACCUGGGUAUCCACCCGGAUUUCUACAAACACCCACCAAUACAGACACAGAUAAGAAGAAUACAAAAUUUAUGGUAUUUAGUGUCAGUGGUAAUGAAAUAAAUUAUUCGAGCUCAUCCCCUCUGUACGGAUUCUACGAAACGAAUAGGGGGGCGAUUGUCAUAUUUACAGUUGACCAGAGGAGUAAAAUUAUCCGGACAUCCUUUUCAUUCAUAGUUAACAGCACAAACAUCCAGAUCCAGGGUGUUGAAUUUAAGGACAUAGAUUCCGCCGGAAACGUAACCAACAGAUCAAAAGCUACAACCGUAAAUUGCUUCCCCUUGACAACAUAAGAUUUUUAAAAUCUUUUUGUAAGAUUUAAAAUAUUCGUUUUAAUCCAUAAGCACCGCCAACACCCAGUAUACCCACUGUCAACACCGCAUAUCUCUUCAUUUCGUCCGAUGGUUGAUAGUAAUCCUCCAAUUUCGGUCUGCUUUGGGAUGCUGUACUAUCCAUAAGCCUCAUAUAAUCCUUCAGGUCUUCCAGGGCCCUGUUUGUUUCCUCGAUAUCCUUGUUAGCAUCCAGAAUCUCAGCCCUCCGUCUUGCCUCGUCAUUCCUACGCUUCACCUCAGAUUCGUAAAACUUCUCCUUGGCUUUUGCAAGCUUCUCUAAGGCUUGGUUAUGUCUUUUUACCUCUUCCUUGUAGCCUUGUCCAUUCAACUGGGAGAAUAGGAAACUGGCUCCAGCAAAGGCCACAGCAUUAAAGAGUCCUCCAACCACAACAGAUGUCAUUCUUUAUUUGUCAAUUACUUUUGGGAUGUAUCCCUUAUCCUUCAGGUAUCCUAUGGCAAAUGCACUUCCGGCUACGGCACACUUUGCUGCUCCUUCCAUAGUCAUCGGUGCACCUAGGCUUUUUCCGGCAACCGUUCUGGCAAGGUAGGAUACCCCAACAACCCCGGUUGUCAGUAGUGCGGCGUCGUACAGUUCGUUGAUCACUAUGUUUUUUAUUAUAGUAGAACUAUUUCUCCUUCAGCUUCUCUUCCAGGAUUAGAGAGAAUCUUCUUUCCAGGGUGUUGAGCACCCUGUCUUCACUUUCCUUGUGUUCAGCUUCCGUUGCCUCGCAUUUGGCUUCCUCCACCUUAGCCGCAUGGAUGUAAAUAAGAUAAGUUCCGGCUGCUACGGAAAAGGUCAAUAUGUCCAAGAAUAACUGCGACAUUGUUUUACUAUACUCAGUCAAAAAAAUCAGGACCUUUUGGUGUGAUAACAGCAGGUUCCGGUUCCUCUACAAUCUUAUUUUCCUCUGGUCUCUCAUCCUUUUCCUGACUACUGUACCACAUGAAGUAAAGGGAUCCAAGCCAUACGGCGAUACCCACUACCAAACCGACGCUCUCUAGGGUGACUAUUGACCCAUCACCUUUGUCCUCUGUGUCCGUAAUGCUCUGCUCCUCUUCUUUGAUAGCUUCGAGUUGUGCCUUCUUUCUUGCUUUCGCUUCCUUACUGAUGCUAGCAAGCCUACGUCCGGAUUCCACCCUUCUAGGAUCCUUGACGUGAGUCUUUACUGGAUUUGAUACAGGUACUGCUGUCGUAUCUGGAUUCUCUUCAGACAUGGUUCCUUUUAUUUAUAGUAAAAAGUUGACUAAAUUGUAAAAGGUAAAAGGUAGUUAAGACUAACCUUAAAUCUAGUCAAAAGUUAGUUAAGACUAACCUUAAAUCUAGUCAAAAGUAUCUUAUGACUACAUUUGAGUAACUUAUGACUACAUUUGAGUAACUUAUGACUACAUUUGAGUAAUCUCAUGACUAUAUUUGAGUAACCUCAGUUCUAGUCGGAAGUACCUCAAAUUCAGAAUAAACAGUCUAUAGACAAGACUUCCUACAUAUAAACAAAGCAACCAUGAGACAAUUCACUAGGAGGGAGGAUAAUAAAGUCCAACUCUAUUUCAACUGUCCGGAGAAGAUAAAUCAAAUUGCGAGAAUGUGUAAGUAUACCGACUACAAGGACAUAACGGUCAUUAUCCAUACAUUUGGUGAAUCAGGUUUGCCAGCAAAACAUAGAAUUAAAUUUGGAAAGGGAUGGAUGGGAAAAGGCGCUGGAAUUCGGGGUGUGGAUUACCUUUACGGUGGUAUGAAAGGCAUUCACAUCUUAAUUACCAUUUCCGAAUCCGUCGAUGAGAUUGAUUGUUGGCUUGAAGGUCCAGAAGACAGGAUUCGCCUAGGUACACCCACGGAUAUUAUAAAUAAUUGGUUCCAUAUGUGUAUGUCUUGCGAGGAAUGGUUAGAGGAAAGGGAAGAACAAAGAAUAAUGGAUAUGGAAAACGAAGUGAUUAUAGAAGAGGCACGGAUAGGAGAUGGAAAUGUUAGAGGAAAUGCAGAUGGAUGCUGAAAUGAGGGAAGCCCUUCAGGGUCAGAUUGAUUAAGGUUGCCAGGUAGUGACCUGGCGAGGUUGUCAAAUCCAAAGACACAAUUGCAAAUCCCUGCCUAAAACAGGGUGUUUUCAUGUAUUCUCAUACAUUUUCAUGCUGAAAUUUAGCCAGGUAGUGACCUGGCUGGGUUGACAAAUUAAAAGACGCAACUGCGGGUCACCUGCCUUACAAACAGAAUCAACUUUUCCAAAAUAAAUCCUAUACAAUAAAAGGGACAUUUCUUAUAUGCCCGAUUCCGUGAGCAUUUUGUGAACUCCAUUGCUUUUUCAAACCUUAUAGGUCUGAAAAACAGAAUCAACCUUAUAAUCACUUUAUAGAUAAACUUUUCUAUAUAAUAAAGCAAUGGAGUUUACCAAACAAAAUGCUCCAAUUUCAGACAAAAAAUUAGCAUCUAUUGAACGAAUGAGAGCUAACGUUCUGGAGAAGGCCCGAGAAAGGGGUUUGAAAAUAGAGGGAAAAAUUAACAACCAUUUCAACAAACUACUCAAGAAGGAAAAAAGAAAGGCCAUUGGAAAGGAAGUCAAAUCAGCAGCAAGACAGUUCCAGAGACGAAGAAGGCAAACCGAUGCUAACGCAAGAAAGGAAAUAAGGGAUGCAAAGAAAUGGAAAAGCGACAUCGUCAAGGAAGAGAAAAGACGGCGAAAGGAGGUCACGGACUGGAAAGCCGAGGCCCAAAAGUGGAAAAAGGAGACCCAGCGACUACGACGAAACGCAAAGGCCCACGAAAGGCGAGCUGAGGAAAACCGUAGAAUCGCAGAGGGUAAAUGGAAAGGCAAGAAAAAGUUUGCCACACUCCAGUUAAAGGUGGGCAACAAGCUUAGCAAAAUCUGGAAAAAAACGAGCAAAAUCCUGAAACCCAUUCUAGCCAAACACGCCAUCAAGAAAAAGGUAAAGAAGUACGUCAUCACCCCAAACGGUAACUACGACCCAUCCUACUUCCUAACCAUCACGGAAGACGAGGUUAAAACACUCAUAAACUCCGAAACGGAACCCAGGAACGUAAGGAUGUCCCUGGCCUGCAAAAUGGUAAGGAGCGACCCGAAAACCGGAGAAGAAGUGUCAACCAUCGCUCACUUCGGAUAA